CUGCCCGCCCCGCCCCCGGCCGUGCCCGGCCGCCGCUCGCCGCCGCCGCCGCGGGGGAAAGGCCGCUGCGCGCCCAACUUCACUUCAAGCAACUUCCCCGGUGCGGCGGAGCCGGCGCCCGGUUUUGCGGAGGGAGCAGCCGGUGGUUUGGCUGGGUGAGGUCUGGGCAGUGUCUCUGUAGUGAUCACACUUCCUGUCCUUAAUGUGCCCUUGGUGACCAAGUUCUUGUCACUAUGAGAAAGGAUUUAGGCCCUAUGGAUUGGUUGCAGCAGCAAAUUAUGAUUCUUUUUCCUUGCUGGAGUUUUUCAGUUCUGUUGAAUGUGUAAUUCCAACUAUGGCAACAAGAGUAGAAAUAAAUUCUACUUUGGCGUCUUUGACGGCAGUCCCUGACCUAGCUGAGCUCAGGGCUGAGGAGAAGGCACAGCGUGUGUAUGUCAGUGUGCUUUCAGAUGCCAGCAACAAGGCAAAGGAGACCUCAGCAUCACUGACUCUGGAAGAAAACAAGAAAUUCGGGAAUUCCUUGAGAUCUGCAACAAUGCCCUCACUGGGAUCAAGGCCGAGACUUUUCCCAAAGCCUUUUUGUAAAGAGAAAUCCUCGGAUACUUUUGCAAACGUCAAACCGCCCGUCCCAGCCUUCAGAUCCAGCAGCAUGGUGAGAAAGGCCACUGAGGAAAUGUCCUCUGUGAAGGUGUUGAGUGGGAAUGUCCCUCCCUUAGUGGAUCAGAAAGCCAUUGCCACCGAAAAUCAGGCUGACAGUGACUUGGUGACAAACGUGACUUUCUACACGGGGCCCAGUGCCAACACGGUCAUUCUGUUCGAGCCAGGGGGCCCCGAGCAGGCCAAGGUCAGCCUGGCCCAGGAGAAAAGGGCUCAGGAGCGCAGGGCAUUCACUGCUCUGCAAAGCAAGGACCUCCAGGGCUCUGUGAAACCAGCAGAGACCCCCAGGAAUCCUGACGGGUCUCUCCAUAGGCAUUUGUCGUUUUCUUCCAGUCUCAGACCGGAAUCCUGGAACUCCCUCAAAACCGGUGAAAAGAAAGAUGCUCGUGAAGUUCGUCCAGGGGAGAAAAACAAUGGUGACGCAAAUAAUCUCAACAAUAAAGUUGAUUUCUCUGUUGAUGUCCAGCAAAGGGCAAAACAUAGACCAGUGUCUGCCAUUUUUCUGGAAUCGUUGCGUGAUCAAAAGCAUCACACUGUGGAAGCUUCUGAGGAAAAAUCUACGGAGAAAUCCGGGGUUAGAAAACCGAGGCCUUUAUCCAUGGACCUGACAGCUAAAUUUGAACAUAAAGAUCUUUCUUCUUGCAAGAAGGCUGGUUCAUCCCAUGAAAGCAAGGAGAAUGUAUCCAUAAUUGCUUUUACUGAUGGGGGUAGUCAUGAUCAGUCUGAAACGGGGCCAAAACAAGAAGAAAUUGAAUUUAAUAAAAGCAGUUCCUCUAAAACAAAUCUGAAAUGCAGUAGUCAGGACAUUGGCAUCUUAAAUAAUGGGAAAUACACCUGGGAAACUAAACUUAAAUCUAAAAGUGAACAAACUGAGACAAAACCAGAAAUAAUUAUUAACUUGCAUGGUCCUGAAAGAAGCCCUGAAACAACCAGUGAAAGCAGAACUAAUAAGGGGGGGAAAAGACCAGAUCAGAAGGAAACGUACACGCUCCUGGGCUGUGAAAGUCCUGCAGCUUCCUCAGAAAAAGAGAAUAAUAUCUUAAGAGGUAGUGUUAAAAAACACAUUAGUUUGUUUACUUCAGAAAAUCCCAGUGCCACAGUGGAUGCAGAGCUUCUCCCAGCAGCUGCUGAGAAGGAAAACAGGUGUGUGACCAUCCAGCAGAGGAUCAAGGAGCUGACAACAGAAAAUCCUGAUGUUAAGGGAGGAAAUCUGCGCCGGUCACUGCAGUCACGGCCACUCUCUGCAGACUUAACCAAGAUGUUUUCAAGUCCAACAUCAGGGGAUGAGGCCAAGCCUGAGAAACCUGGGGAGGCUGGAGCUGACUCGAGCCACGACCUGCAGGAAAAUCCAAAAAGCAAGGAGCUGAAGCUCACCCAUGGCACAGAUGUCACCGAGGCAUUUGCUCCUGGGAAGCCUUGGAAAUCCCGGCAGGUUUUAAAGAUAACCAAUAAACCUGAUCCUCUGGAGAGGAAAGGAAGCUUCCUGGGAGAUGGUCAGCAUUUCUCACAGCAGAGUGAGAGUUCUGUCUCAUUCACAAGCAACUUUGAAAAGAAAUUAAACCCAGCUCUUCUGGAAAAGCCCUUCAUUAAAACUGUCCGGGCCACCCUGUUUGAGCACAAUGUGCAGAAGCACAACGUUGUUGCUGAGCAUUCUGGGGCUGAUCCUGCACCAAAAAAGAACCAGGAGCCUGAGGCAAAGCAGGACCUGGUGGCUUCAGGGCACAGCAGACGCUCGUGGAUGGGAGAAGGGGAGGAAAGCACCACUGCAAAGGAGCAUCACAAGCAGCCUGAUCCAUCAAAACAUCCAGCACUUGUCGAGAAAAGUGCAAAACCAGCUUGUUCAAGUGAAGACAAGAAAAUGAGUCCGGGAAUUGUCUUAGAAAAAUCUUUGGUUGAGAAAAGUGAAAAACCCGCUCCCAAAAAUGCAGAAGAUUCUCAAAUUUACCAAAGAAUAGAGCCCAGGUAUGAAAUCUUUCAGACAUGUGGUGAAAGGGCUCUUAGUGAAGCCAUCACAAUGGCUCCUGAGAAAAAGGCCAUGACACUCAGAACUAGAAAAUCAUCUGUGAAAGAGAAUAAAACUGAUGAGGACGUUGUGCCUAUAGGGCAGUCUGUUAAGGCAAGUAGUCACACUCUUUACUUGAAAGAAGAUAAUGUUACUUCAGAAGCUAGAGAGGCAAAAGUUCUCACAAGUAAGGCUGUGUUGAGAGAACCUGCCAGUUUUCUCUCCAGUGAAUGCACUUUACCUGAACAGAAAAGAGACUCUGAUAAAACUGAUCCUGAGCCACUGUUCAUAGCUGAGAAAAUACCUUAUUCCAUAAACAAAAGUAAAGGUUUGGGAAUGAGUGAAAAAGUCAGCAAGCUUCAUGCUGAAAUUAAAGGUGAUAAGAGUGAAGUCUCUUCUGUAGAGAAAUCAGAGAGGAUUAAUGUUGUGAAAUGCUCUUCUGAGAAAAGGAGUUUCAGAGCAGGUGGGACAGACUUCCAUGAAUUCCGAACCAACUUGGAUCGUGAAGUGAUUUCCACCAGUGUCAAUAAGCAUGGGGCUCAGGCUUCAGUGCUUGCAAGCGGGCAAUAUUUUAAAUCUUCCAGUAGCCACCCCCCUGAUACAAAAGGACUGAAUGUUACUAAAGAGGAAUCUGGGGCCUUUGGGUUGAGGAAAAGUCUGGACUUAAAUUGCAAAGAGCAAGAGUUUAGCUUGGCUUGUACAGCUCCUGAAAACAACGAGAAACUCCGAGGAGCAGAUCCAGAAGAGAAAGUCAGGAGAAGCAGAAGUAGUGUUUCUGACUUGAAGAUUUCUGAAAGGUGGAGGAGGAGGACCUUGCCUCAGGAGUCACUCAAGGUGGAAGAAGUUGUGUGGCUCACUCCCGAAAAUAUCAAGAAGCUGAGCCGGACAGAUUCAUUGCAAUUGAAUGAAAACUUACUUAAAAAGAGAAACAAAAAUAUCAAAGAUGGAGUGGAAGGGAGUGAGGCUAACCAGGCUGUUCUUGGCAGUCCUGAUGAUUACAUGAAACAUCAGAGUUCUGUCUUUGAGCCAAAGGCAACUUAUUUUGCAGUGACUUAUCAGAUUCCUGGUAUCAAAAAAGAGAAAAGCUUUGUUGGUGCUUCCAGUGCAAGUGAAAUUAAUACGGUUUCUAGUUCAAGCGAGGCAGCAGCAAUUAAUCUGGACCCUGUUUUUCCUGGAAGGUCCAAACCUUUAUUGCAGCAACCAAAUAAAAAUGUGACAAGUUCAACUUGCAGAGAAGACUCCUGGGAAGUGCGUAUUAGCAAGGAUUGGGUCAAAGAAGUUGAAAAAGAUGCCGUUUUCUCCAAAAAUGUUGCAUUUGGUAAUUUUCAUGCGUCUAGGAAAGAUAACCAACAGCAUCAUGAAAAGGGUCUGGAUCAUUCUAAAGAGAAAAUUAUAGAUGUUGAUGCUUUCCUGUUAAAACAUGAUCCAGAAAAUACAGCUCAAGCUGAUCUCAAGAGUGGCAGAAGGAAAAUCUCCUCUUACCACGAACCCUGGUCCCCGCCGCGUUCCGCGCAGGUGUGUAAGGACGGUGAGCUGGGCCCCCAGAAAAGGAGUGACAAUAAUUCUGAUCUGCCUGGAAGGAAAGCUGAAGAUGGGUACAGAUCCCAAAUUCUCGAUAUUGAUGCACUUAUGGCAGAAUAUAAAGAAGAAUCAGCAAAGGCCAGUAAAGUUCAGGAGAAGCUCUCUGAAGAUCUCGGCUCACUGAGUAGGGAGAAAUCAAAGAACAAAAGAAAUGUGUCAGAUAGAAUGACUCUUACCUACAGCUGGAACGAGUGGAAGAGUGGAUCAGACCACUAUUCAGUUAAUAACAAACCAGGUGAACGUGCAGAAGAGCAGCACAGGCCAGAGAAACUAAUCCUAAAUGAAAAGAGCAAAGAGAAACUGGAAUUACGGAGCCCUGAAUUUGAUAAGCAGAAGUCCAAAGACAGAAAGGUCAGCCCUCCAUACUGGGGAAACCCCAGCAGCAUUUUUCCAGAGAAGUUGGUAAAUUCACCUGUGGAAUUUGCUAGGAAGAAAACUUUCAUUGUUGAUGAGGACGAGGAAGUGAACUUGACCUCCAGAAAUCAGGGUGCGAAAUUUGUAAUUGAAAAGGUACAGCCCAUAAAUGCAGUGAGUACAGAGCAGAGGCUGGAAGUCAAUCUGGCCUCCAAGCUGUCCCUAAAGGCUGAUGAUGGGCUCUUGCAGAAGAAGUUGGUGACAAAAGAACAGUUCUUGGAGGUGUCUCCAGAGGGCGAUUGGAGCAAAAACAUAGUGAGGAGCUCUACACUGAGAAGCAAAGACAGCUCAAAUAAAAUGUGUGAGAGCGACUCUUUCAAAAGUAAGAGCGAUUGGAAGGGCUGCAUGUCUGGCUUUGGGACCGUCCCCGCGGAUCUCAGACGAUCCUACUCGGAAAAAUGCCGCCAAGGAAGGGACAGCCUGCCCCUCCUGCAGGAGAUGAGGGCAAGGAAGGACCUGCAUCGAUCCAGGCCAAGCUUCCCCUUGGAAAGUGUGGAUAACUCGUGGAAACACAAGGUGUCAGCUCAGUCAGAACCAUUCUUCCACGAGGAUAAAAAGGCUCCCAGGAAAGAGUGGAGCAAGCAGAGCUCAGACAAAACAGAGGGAACAGACUUUUCCUCAGUGUCUACACAGAGGAGCCACCACAUUUUCUACAAGGAGAGAAGGGCAGAUUUUGGGAUGGACCAGCUGAGGCAAUGCUUCUCCAGGCAGCCGCCGGGGGCGAAGGACACGGACACGCUGGUGCAGGAGCCCGACAGCCAGUACGGCACCUGGAACGAGCAGCGGCACAGCGGCGACAGCUUUGUGGGAGAAUCUCCUUCCCUGGACAAUGAGGUGGUGUCAGGGCGGAAGCAGCCCGCGGGCAGCCACGCGUCCUCGCUGUCCUCGCAGACAGAGCCACCCUCCCUGCCUGAGCACCAUGACUUCUCCAAAGAGCAAAGGAGCACCAGCCUGGACCGUUCCAGCACAGACAUGGACUCCACUGAUGGCACUGAUCUGCCUCCUCCAGGGGACACACUCCCUGAGGACAAGAGUUAUUUCUCCUUCAUUGAUCACACAGCUGUCCUGGACUCCAGUGCUCUGAAGACUCGGGUGCAGCUGAGCAAGAAGCGGCGGUGCCGGGCGCCCGCAUCGCACUCGCUGCGCAGGAGCAGAGGGCUGGACCUGGAGAACAGGUUUUCCUUGACAGAAGAGCCAGAUAAUGGCUGGAUGUUCAAAGAUUCCACAGAAGAGAAGAAAACUAUGCAACAGGAAGAUUCUGAGGAGGAAGACAAGAUCCAGCACACUCCGAGGUCAUCUUCUGUGCAAGCCCAGAGACUGCCUGUGUUCCCAGGGAUGGAUCACUCUGUUCUCAAGGCCCAACUGCGGAAAAGACAGGAGUCUGAGAGCACUGGUGACAUCGGCUCUGCUCAGCUCUUCAAAUCCCCCAAAGCACAGCUCGGCACUCCCGGCAGCAGAGUGCUGCCCUCCAGUGUGGAAAAGGAGGACAGGUCAGAAGAAAAGUCUCCUCAGUGGCUGAAAGAGCUGAAAUCAAAGAAGAGACAGAGCCAUUAUGAGAAUCAGGUUUGAAAAGACAAUGAUUCUAACUAGGAGAAGAUAAAGAAGUUUAACAGAAGCCUUAACUCAUCUGAACCUAAACCCCCAUGUCAUGUUGCUGCUGUUUGCUUCCUGCCUCAACUGCUCUGUGCAUGGUGCCUUCCUGUUUUGUGGAGAAAAGCUGCUUCAAUUCAUAGUCAAAUACAAAGCUGUGUCUGUCAGCUCGGGGGGACAGUGGCACUUCAGACCUGCCUGCCAGGAGAACCCCCCUGGGUCAUGGUAGCACUUCAGAAAGUCUUGGAAAACAGAGAUAUCUGGGAGUGCUGUGAUCCAGGGAACUCCCCUCACCGUGGAGCAGACUCUUAAGCUCCUAUUUAGAAUGAAAUUUGUGGAAGGUGAGAGUGGAAGAACAAAUCAUGUUUACUGCCAUAUUGAAAAAGGAAACUUGAUUAUUUUUUGUAAAAUGUAUUUUUGAUUGGCUUGUAUUUACAUGUGAUCUGCUGACCUGGCAGAUGGAGAUAAUUUUUAGAUGAACAAAAUGUUAACUUUUGUCACUCUUGAAGUGGUAUAUUCUGUGUUUUGUCAGCAUGUGGAAUAAUUGCUUCAUUGGAAUGUCUUUCCUAAAAAGGAUCAAGCAAUAAUGUCAACCAGUUCUCUUUAAAAAAAAAAAAAGUAAAAAUAUUGUAAAUACUGUUUUUAUAACAAAAAAGGAAGGGAAGAGGGAGGAUGUUACACUCAUAUCAGGGUUCCAGUUAAUUGUUGAAUGUCACUUUAAUAGCAGUUCAGAUAGUCCCACUUCAUAUUUUUAUUUGUUAAUCUGUAAAUACCAGGUUUAAGUGUUUAUUUUUAUGCCGAUUUUGUGGGAUAACCUAAAUGUGAUCUUCAGUUUCUCAGAUGAUUUCCUGUCUUUCCUUUGGCAAGACGUGCUGAUAGCGGAGUAGAGAUCUCCCGGCCCACACGGGUGUUUGGCUAUCCCCAAUGCUCAGAUAUUCCCUGUCCCUGGACACUCAUUCUGGAACACCAACCACCAUGGCCAUGGAAGACAGACUCGAUUCUUGCCCCAGAUAAGUGCUCUUCCAGUGACCUCUAAAUGUGUACUAGCCCAGGGAGGGAGGUGACUCCAGGUGUUCCUCAGGCUCAACCAGGAAAAGGUGGAAGAGGGAAAAGGAGAGUGGAAAGCUCCCCUUACCUGGCAGAGCUCCUUGGGCUGCAUUCCCCACAUCCUGCUGGGGGGCUCCUCUGCAUACAAACCAUAAAGCACCAGCACUUCAGCUCCUUUUCCUUUUUGUCUUUUUUUUUUUUCCCCAAUCAGCGUUUUGGGAGCGCGGCUCCCGUGGGGCCUGCCCAGGCCGAUGUCUGUCAGGCUUGGAGCUGCCAAAACCAUGUGCCAAUUCACCUCAUGGAGGAGUCAUGGGGGGGGAUUUGCAGUCCCAGUCUGCAGGAAAUAGCAGCAGGAUGGCAGGAGACAAGUCCCAUCUGCACAUCUCUCGCUCCCAGAUUUUAUUCUGGUGGCAGCUCCCUGUGCUCCCUGGAGAUGAGAUGGAGACAUCUGUCUGAUGUAAAAGUCUUUUUUCCUGUUGCUUUGCCCUGUUUCUCAUGGGAGCUGUUGCCACUGUUAUUUUGGCAGCCCCUCUGCUCCCCACGGAGCAGUGAUCCCCAGGAUUCUGAUGGAAUUUUGGGAUGGGCCGUGUCAGUGCAGCCACCACCAUUGACCAGCUCCUCUUAAAACCUUGCACAGAUUUCCUUCCCUCUCCUUUAGAUGAUGGUGGAAAAGGUGACUCUUGGCGUGUUUUUUGGGAUAUAUUCCUGUGGCAGCACCCAAGGGUUCCAUGGGCGUGUCCCACGUGUGACACUCACCUGGGCCAGCCCGAGCAGCACGUGCAGGUGAGGAGGAUGAUGGUGGCUGCUCUCACUCACACCAAGUGGGGCCUCCCACGUCCAGAAAUCAGUCCCUGCUCACAGGAACGUUCACCCAGGCUGCGUUUUCCACUUCCACAGGUGACAGCGUUGUGUUCCCAACAGCUGGAGGAUUUACUGGUUCUUGGUGUAGGCCAGAAAUUCUGUAACUGUUUGUGUUGAGGAAACUGAGGGGAUUGACACGAGGUUUCCACACAGCCCUUGAAUGUGUUUGCAUUUCCACGUCUGCUUGGACAAUGCACUGAAAUUACUGUAUUGAGUAGUUUAACCUACUACUGAGAAAUGUUUAAUGCUUAAAUGUCUAAUUAAAGAGCAUCUUUAGAAUGUUGUUGAA